AUCUAAAAAACUUUCUUCUGCUCUCCAGGUCAGAGUUUGCUGGGAAUGAGGCACAGAAUUCAGACAAACAAGUUCUGAAUAUCUAUGACUUGUGCAACAAAUUCAUUGCGUACAGCUCAAUCUUUGAUGAUGUAGUGGAUGUCUUAGCAGAAUGGGGUUCUUUGUACGUUCUGACCAGAGAUGGGAAGAUCCACGUACUGCAGGAGAAGGAUGCCCAAACCAAACUUGAGAUGCUCUUCAGAAAGAACUUAUUUGAAAUGGCCAUUAAUUUAGCCAAGAGUCACCACUUGGACAGUGAUGGCUUGUCAGAGAUUUUCCGGCAGUAUGGUGAUCAUCUCUAUAACAAGGGGAACCAUGAUGGAGCCAUCCAGCAAUAUAUCCGAACUAUAGGGAAAUUGGAACCAUCUUAUGUUAUUCGGAAAUUCCUAGAUGCUCAGCGCAUCCACAAUCUCACUGCUUAUCUGCAGACACUCCACCUGCAAUCUCUCGCCAAUGCAGACCAUACUACACUUCUGCUGAACUGCUAUACUAAACUCAAAGACAGCACCAAAUUGGAGGAGUUCAUUAAGGCUAGCGAGAGUGAGGUUCGCUUUGAUGUGGAAACAGCAAUCAAGGUACUUCGUCAGGCAGGUUACUACUCCCAUGCUGUGUACUUGGCAGAAAAGCAUGCCCAUCAUGAAUGGUACCUCAAAAUCCAGCUAGAAGAUAUUAAGGUGAAAUGUUACUGCUCUUGUGCUCUUACUGAUUGAAUAUUGCUUUUCUAGCCUUUGCUGGUAAGAAUCUUAUUUCACUGUCCUCAGCUCUGGUGAGGCCACGCCUCGGGCACAAUGUUCAGUUUUGGGUCCCUCACUACAAGAAGGACAUCGAGGCCCUGGAACAUUCCAGAGAAGAGCAGUGAAACUGGUGAGGGGUCUAGACCACAAGUCUUAUGAGGAGUGGCUGAGGGAGCUGGGACUGCUUCCUCUGGAGAAGAGGAGGCUUGGAGAGCUCAUUGCACCCUACAUCUUCCUGAAGGAUGGUUGUGAUGAGGAGGGGGUUGGCCUCUUCUCCUAGAUAACAAAUAGGACCCAAGGAAAUGGCUGCAAAUUAUGCCAGGGGAUAUUUAGGUUAGACAUAGGGAAAAACUUCUCUCAAAGAGUUAUUAGGCACUGGAAUGGCCUGCUCAGGGAGGUGGAGGAGUCACUGUCCCUGGUGCUCAGGCAGCGUCUGGAUGAAGUGCUAUGAUAUGGUUUAGUGGGUAGUAGUGGUGAUAGGAGGGUGGUUGGACUAGAUAAUCUUAUAGGUCCUUUCCAACCUUGUGAUUCUAUGAUUCACUAGCCUCUUCCCUGUAACUAGUGUGCUUAUGGGACUGUUAAGGCAGUAGCAGCACAUUCUGUUAUUUGUCUCUUGAUGUUCUGCUAUUCUGCUUCUGGAUUGUGCAGUGGACUUUGGGUGAAAAUCAGAGGCCUAGUGGUUCUGUUUCAGUUUUUUUGC